AUGAGUAGGUUGCCAGUGAUAGAUUUGGAUGCUGUAUCUUCCGAGGAUGACAUUUUGCCUGUUUUGAAGGCUAUUUUGGUGAAUUACGAUACUUUCCUGCUGAAGAACUAUGCCAACACGUUAGAUACUGGGUCUUUGGGUGAGAUCGAUUUGGAACAAGGCUUCGAUGCGAAUUUCACCGGGACAGUGCAGAUUGAAGAGCAUACGUAUCUGGAACAGUACAUUGCUACUACGGACACGAGUCUGCAAUUCGACAGAGCAUGCACUGAUCAGGGUUUGAACAAGAUUUCUGCCAAAUUGCUGAAAUUGGCCAUUUUUUUUGGUCAAUUGGCAUUGAAUGCCAUGGAUGGGACCAACGAUAUCGAUUUGGAGAAGCAUUAUUCUACGAAAUUGACUCGUUACUAUUCUGCACAGGCUGGUAACAUGACGUUGUUUGACGGUGAAUCCAUCGAGUACCUCUCACCAAAGAAUUAUACGACACACGUAAGCACAGGUAUCUUAACGAUUUUCCCACAGGCAUGCGGAAUCAGAUACAAACCUAUCACGACGUCCAAUGACGAUAAUGUAUGGACCGUAGUGGAUGAACCGGAUUGUCUUUUGUUCCAUACGGGCACAUAUUUACAGACUAUUUCUCAUGGGUUGCAUUCGACAUCACCGAUUCAAAUUGACAUCAAUAGACAUAACAUCUUGCAUUUGACUGUGUACCCUGAAAUGGGACUCCAAGUAGGGGCCGAAGAGACCAUUGCUUCGUUACUAUUGAAACAACAGAUAGUGGAAUUACCGAGUGUUGGUGGCACGUAUUACCAGGAUGAACUAUCGAGAUUGAACUUGAAGAAAAAGAUAAAAUUUUAUGGGAAAUUGUUCGCCACUGUGGAGACUAUUGUGUCGUUGAAUUACAUAAGUAAGCCUCGUGAUAUGGCCAUGGAGGUGGACAAGAUCUUGGUCCAAUGUACGAAUUUGAUGCAAAAUAAGAUCACAGAGGAUGAUUUUCUGAAAAUGCUAUCGAUAUGGCCAGGUGUUUACAACGUGGAGGUGAAUUUUAAUGGAGAAUUGACUGUUAGAUUACCUUUCUCCAAUAAUCUUCUGAAAUUGACGAACAAUUCAAGAAAGUUACAGUACGUUCAACUGAUCGAAGCAUGGUAUGAAAAACAGUUGCAAAGGCGUCAUGGUGCACCAGCGGAAGAUCUUGACCCUGUAAAGUUUCAAAAGAGACAUUACCAUCGUGAUGGACUGGUCAAAGCCAACAAGACGACCACAAGGAGAACGUACAUUUCCAACUCAAAAGACAAAUUCAUUUUCCAAGAGAAAAGAGAUGAUUCACAAGUAAAUCUACUGAACAGAAUCAAAGCAAAAGAGAGAACUGCCAUGGAGGAACUACAAUUGAGAGAAUCCCAAUACGAUAAAUUUUUAAAAGUCAAGAUGCAAAAGAUAAUGAGUAUAUUACAAACUCUUGUCGAGAAUGAGCCGUACACAAUGACGUAUCUCAAUUCCCUGGUGGUAGAUUCAUUGAGAGAUGGUAAUAACCCAAUAAGUGAAGAAGAAUCUGAGCAAUGUCUCUUGAAGAUCCAGCAAUGGCUAGGUGAGGACACGAUGAGAUUGAUCACUGUGAAGAACGGGUUGAAAGUUUUAAAAUGGCGGGGAUUAAAUGGUGUGACGUUAUGA